UACUGUAUAGGUGCAUUUUAUCUGGUGUUUGAAUAUAUGGACCAUGAUCUGAUGGGACUGUUGGAAUCAGGCUUGGUUCAUUUUAAUGAAAAUCACAUAAAGUCAUUUAUGAGACAGCUCAUGGAAGGUCUGGAUUAUUGUCAUAAGAAGAACUUUUUGCAUCGAGAUAUCAAAUGUUCAAAUAUUCUUCUAAACAAUAGAGGACAGAUAAAGCUUGCAGAUUUUGGACUUGCUCGAUUAUAUAGCUCAGAAGAAAGUCGGCCAUAUACAAACAAAGUCAUCACUUUGUGGUACCGUCCACCUGAACUGCUGCUGGGAGAAGAAAGGUAUACACCAGCUAUCGAUGUGUGGAGCUGUGGAUGUAUCCUUGGUGAACUCUUCACUAAAAAACCUAUAUUUCAAGCAAAUCAGGAGCUUGCACAACUAGAAUUAAUAAGCCGUAUAUGUGGGAGUCCAUGUCCUGCUGUGUGGCCUGAUGUAAUCAAACUACCAUAUUUCAACACCAUGAAACCAAAGAAGCAAUAUCGUCGAAAGUUAAGAGAAGAAUUUGUUUUUAUUCCUGCAGCCGCACUAGACUUAUUUGAUUACAUGCUCGCCUUGGAUCCUAGUAAGCGCUGCACUGCAGAGCAGGCUCUUCAGUGUGAGUUCCUGCGGGAUGUGGAACCCUCAAAAAUGCCUCCACCAGACCUUCCAUUAUGGCAAGAUUGUCAUGAAUUAUGGAGUAAAAAGCGAAGACGACAGAAGCAGAUGGGCAUGACUGAUGAUGUUUCCACAAUUAAAGCCCCCAGAAAGGACUUGUCUCUGGGCAUGGAUGACAGCAGAACUAGCACACCUCAGAGUGUGCUGCCGUCUUCACAGCUGAAGUCUCAGGGCAACUCGAAUGUAGCACCUGUAAAAACAGGCCCUGGACAGCAGUUAAACCACAGUGAAUUGGCAAUUCUGCUAAACCUACUACAGUCUAAAACAAGUGUUAAUAUGGCUGAUUUUGUCCAAGUGUUGAACAUUAAGGUAAACUCUGAGACUCAGCAGCAGCUAAAUAAAAUAAACCUUCCUGCUGGAAUUUUGGCAACAGGUGAAAAACAGACAGAUCCAUCAACACCACAACAGGAGUCUUCGAAACCAUUGGGAGGAAGUCAGCCUUCUUCUCAGAACAUGCAGCCUAAAGUGGAGCCUGAUGCGGCCCAGGCGGCUGUGCAGAGCGCAUUUGCGGUUCUCUUGACUCAGUUAAUAAAGGCUCAGCAGUCAAAGCAGAAAGACGUGCUGCUGGAAGAGAGGGAAAAUGGGUCGGGACAUGAAGCACCAUUACAGCUCCGGCCGCCUCCAGAACCCAGCACGCCAGCGUCGGGGCAAGAUGACCUGAUCCAGCACCAAGAUAUGAGGCUAUUGGAGCUCACACCAGAACCGGACCGGCCUCGUAUUCUGCCUCCUGAUCAGCGACCUCCUGAACCUCCAGAACCACCGCCAGUCACUGAAGAAGAUCUAGAUUACCGGACAGAAAACCAGCACGUACCCACCACUAGUUCUUCGUUAACUGACCCUCAUGCCGGAGUAAAAGCAGCCCUGUUACAGCUCCUUGCUCAGCAUCAGCCCCAGGAUGACCCCAAAAGAGAAAGUGGUAUUGAUUACCAAGCAGGAGAUACUUAUGUACCUUCUUCAGACUACAAGGACAAUUUUGGAUCCUCUUCUUUCUCUUCUGCUCCUUAUGUUAGCAAUGACGGUCUUGGAAGCGCCUCUGCUCCACCACUGGAACGACGUAGUUUCAUGGGAAACUCAGAUAUUCAGUCCUUGGAUAACUACAGUACUACUUCAUCUCAUUCUAGUGGUCCACCUCAGCCUUCUGCCUUUUCCGAGUCAUUUCGCAGUUCGGUAGCUGGAUACGGAGACAUUUACCUCAAUACAGGCCCCAUGUUGUUCAGUGGAGACAAGGACCAUAGAUUUGAAUAUAGCCAUGGCCCCAUUGCAGUGCUGGCUAACAGCAGUGACCCUUCCACAGGGCCGGAGAGUACUCAUCCUCUGCCAGCAAAGAUGCACAACUAUAACUAUGGUGGUAACUUACAGGAAAACCCAGGUGGCCAUGGCCUCAUGCAUGGACAGACCUGGACUUCUCCUGCCCAAGGACCUGGCUAUUCACAAGGAUACAGGGGACACAUUAGCACAUCAGCUGGCAGAGGUCGAGGUAGAGGGUUACCAUACUGAGUAUCUGUUUUUCCUCAGGCACAUCAUUUUUAUCUGGAAAGACUUUUCUAGCUGCAAUUUAAAGCAGCAAUCCAAGAGACUUGAAUAAUAUUAAUUCAACAACAGCUUUAUUUUUAUGUGGAAAAGGGUCUUGCAUACAAUAGUUAAAAAAAAAAGACAAAAAAAAAAAACCUUUGCUUAAAUUCAUGCUGUUCUAAAACCUAGAUCUAUUGAUUGUACAUCUUCACAAAUUCUAGUUAACGAUUUUAUUUUGUAUUCUUGCAGUUUUAAGUGGAUGCUAAUCUUAGGGACAUAAAAAGUCUUUUAUGGCCCUCUUGCAGAUCUUCUGAACUAUGCACAUUUGUGCUUUUUUGUAAGUUUGGACCAACUUUUAUGUAACAAGCACCCAGUCCCCCCCCUUCCUCCUCCCCCCCCAGUUUUACAGCAAUCAGAAAGGGCACUGAUUUAUUUGGUAUUUUCUUUUUACAAAGCUCCUUUAGUCAGAGGUCACUGUCAGUCUUCGCACCUGCUUUCAGUGUUAUUGUGAAAGGUGUACUUGUGCUCAUUUCAGAAAAUAAAACACAGCCUUUCUCUUGAUGCAACAGUUUUAUAUAAAGAAUGGUCAGCGUUAUUUUUGGUUUAUUUUGCAGAUUAUCAUAGCCUAGCAAAAUGCAUUCAAAUGAAAUAGUGGGUUUUAUAUGAAAAAUAUGGGUGGGGUGGGGAGGGUAAGUAAGUGCCUUAACAGGUAAGCUUAAGGUCUGAAAAAGUAGUAAACCUUUACACCCAUCUGUCUUCUAAAGGGAAUCAGUGUAUUGUAUUGAAGAGGCAGAGAGCUCUCAAGCAUCCAGGGGCUGCCUGUUCAGUUCCUGUCAGGUCCAUUCCCUCUGCCUGUCACACUUUCUUCUUUUCUUUGGGCUGUGUUACCUUCCAACACCACCUUCUCUUGACAGGGGAGUGAGAGCAGAGAAUAAAAGUCCAGCUCCCAUCAGCACCUUCUGUUACUUCUGAGAAAAAGUUCUAAAAAGUUCUGUCAUUUAAACGGUGGAAAGUAAUAGCUAAAUGAGCAUUUUAGAGUAUUGUUUUCUUUCAGGCUGCCACAUUGUCCCUGUUUCCUUUUGUCAUGGGUAAUUGGAGGGCAGUAGCAAAGAAACAAGGCUUAAUAACAAUUUGCAUAAUUCAGUUAAAGUUCAUGGGGGGAGGGGUGGCAAACACCACUGUUCAAAUUAUAUAAUUGCCAUUUAACACAAAGUUAACUCUGUUCACUUUACUGGUUAACUAGAAACAUUGCCUAGAUUGAAUUUAUUGAUGUAAAAAGAAAAAGUAGUGCGAAAGCCCCUCAUUCUCUCUCUCACUUUCUGUAAGGUUUACCACUCCGUCUGCCACGCCUAGAGUACCUAUUUUAGUUCACUUAGAAUGAUGGGCUAACAGCCCCUUGUUUAAACUGUAAUGGUGUCAAGUCUCUUUGUGCACACUCAAACACAUGUUCCAUUAUAGUACCGUUACAGUAAUCCUAGAAAGGAACCAAAGGUGAAUAACCAGUGUUUUCAUUAGCACUAAAUGCCAAUUAACCAUUUUGUUUAAAUCGUUUUCCUGGUAACUUAUUUUUUGAUUGAAAUCUUAAAUUGGAACAACUGUUAUUGAAUGAAUAUUGCUCCAGUUCCAAAGUCAGUCUUUUAAUCUUGUGCCCUCUGACUUGUGAACGUUCAUUUCAAAACAGUAUAUGGAAAGCAUUAUAGUUUGGUGACAAUAGGAUUAUCUUAAGGUGAAUAAUUUACCAUUUUACUGCUAUAAAAUGAGUUUAUGUCAGUUGACCAUUUUAUCUUUUGAUGGAAUUUUUUUGUUGAGAAGCGAAUGAAAGAAAAUUAUUAUGCUUUUAUUUGAAUAUUGAAUACUAACAACUUAUACUAAAACUACAUUGCAGGAAGUGAAGAAAUAUUUUGAAAUUUAGCAAAAUAGCUACAGUAUUCAAGUAUCCAGAAUUUUAAUAUGGUGAGUCUUAGAGCUUUAGACUUUCCUAUAAGUGACAGUAUCUAAGUUAUUCUUAAUAGUCACACUUGAUAAUUCUGCUGACCAUAGCAGCUAACCUAAAAUUGAAGUUAUUUAUGUGACAUGAAUAGCCUGUGUUUUAAAAAUUAAAUAUUUUAUAUAAAAUUGAAUUGUGUUUGGAUAGUUUUUCCUAACAUUUCAGUUAUAUAUUUAUAUUGGGAGAGUGGCUGGGAGGACAAGGAAAUUGUUGCUUGAGGUCGAAAAUUUGAACUACAGCUCCUGAUACUACCCUAAGACAGCAUUGAUUGUAAGAUACACUAGUUAGGAAAAAUGUUGCCAGUUAAACACAACUCAAGGCUAAGACAGUUCCCAAGUUCGGAGAUGUUAUAUGGAAGGCAGCUUCUUAAAAUUGAUGAAAUAUGGUAAAAAUCUUGAUGCUUUCUUCUGUAUCAUCUAAUACUAAAGUAAAUUUGGAUUAAUGAAAAGAGCAGGGCUAUGAAAUCAAUAAUUCUGUAUGUUAUAACUGCAGUAAUCAGUAUUCUUGAGUGAAAUUGAAGGAGCAUAAAAUAUUUUUGGGAAGAAACAGGUAAGUCAGAUUGCAAAUGAGAUGAAAAUACAAAAAAUUGACCUAUUAAAAGAAGAAAAUAUUUAUUAUUUCCCAUGUGAAAUUCCCUUAUGUAUUUCUUGAUACAGCAGCUUUUUCUGCAUGUAUAACUCAGUAUGUUUCCCAAGUCUUCAAUCCAUUAUUUUUUGGAGAGUCCCAGUCAUCCAUGAAAUUUUAAAAGACUCAUGUUAAGGGUUUAUUGAUUAAUAGUUUGUGGAAUGUGAAUUAGGAUAGGGCUUUAGCUAUGAUUCAGAGCUUAACUCUAUGUAAAUAUUCAGUGCCUACCACGUGCCAGGUACUAUUCUAGUACUUGGGGUACAUCAAUCAACAUGAAAGGCUUUAAGUAAUACUUCCAGUGGACUGAUAGUGAGCAGGAAUAUUUAAAAAGCAAAGUAGUAUUUGCAACUCUUCAGCUGUAUCUAAAUUACUCAUACAUGAAAGUAAGAAAAAUGUGUCUAUGUAAAAUUUUGAAGUCAAAUUUGAAUAGAGACAAAGUUCUGGAAAAAUAGAACAAUUGGAAAUUCAGUGAUGAAAGCAAACUUUAAAUUGGAUCUGACUAGUUUGCAACUCAACUGGUAAGAAGUAUCAAGAUUUCUUAAGAAAAAUAGAAGAUAAAUGGCCUAAAUGCUUCCAAACUAAUCUUUCUAGUAUUUCCGAGUUAAGGUUUUUUUGUAUUUGGUAUGAACUUAAUCUAAUUUUAGAUUUUCCCUUACCUGGCCCCUGCCUUUGUUUUUAGGUAAAGCUGACAUACGAGAUUUGAAUAAAGAUUCAGUGAUUCCCUAGGUUAAUGAUUUUGAUAUUUUAAAAGUCUGAGUAGGAUGUCCCCAAAGUCUAAAAUCUGGUCCAUCUCUUUACAGCUAAGAAAAAUAAGAUUUAGAUGGAUUACCAGGGUUGUUCUUAGGUAUAUCUGAAUUCUGUAGUAAAUGCUUCUAAAUGAGAAAAUUAACUGUUAAAGUACUUUUGUUAAAAUAAUUAAAUUUAAAAUACCGAACAACUAGUUUUAACAGAUGACUUUUAAAAGUCAACUUAAAAAAAGGCCUCAGAAAAAAUAGGCAAAUAAAAUUUUGGAAAACUUAGGAGCCUAUAGAGACAGUUGUUUUCAUAUAUGGAUAGCCUUUAGAAGGGAAGUUCCUCAUUUUCUUUUUUAAGACAAUAGUUAACUAACAAUUAGAGAGUAAGACUGAAUCUUUAAACUUAUUUUCUGUUUGGAGGAGGAAGAUCGGUAUCAGCAGGCCUGCAAACAUUGCUUUUAAAUUCUUUCAUGUUUGUAAUUCUUAAACUUUUUAGUAUAAUUAAAAAUAAGAGCUAUUAAGAGAAAAGCUGUCGGGGAUCCAGUUGAAGGUGGGGAAAACAAAAUUUUGAUCAUAUUGGAAAGAACUUGCUCUUUGAAUUAUGUAGAAGAACAUUUGUGGGUCUUAUUCUUUCACCAUAUCAAAUGUCCCAUUAAAAAAGAAUUUUCUAAUUGAAAAUGCCACAUUGAAAAUGAGGCUCUGUAGUGAAUCACUUUAUAUUUUUUUCACAGUUAAUUUGUUGUCAAGGUGUGGUUUUUUUUGCAAGAAUUUUUAGUAAAGUCUCGUAACUCCUAAAUCAGAUGUGUUUAUUAUAAGCCAUUUGUCUAACAAAAGAAAAAAGACUGUAUUUGAUAGUCUGUAAAUAAACUGCCCUAAAAAUCCA